CCCCGCUCCGCAGCCCCCAGGCUCCCCGCGGCCGCCGGCUCCUCGCGUGCCCCAGCGCCCACGCUAGAGCCCCGCACUGGCAGCACUCGCCGCAGAGCAGGCCCGCAGAGCGCACGCGACCGGCCGGGGGUCUCGAUCGCGGGGACUCGCCUCUUGGACACCGCCCGGGGUGCGGGGACUCCAGCACACUGCAGCCCGCGGGCCACGCUCCGCGUCGCAGCGCUCUUCCCAGCCUGGCCCGUGGCUUUGGCCUCCACGGUGCCUGGUGCCCUUCGGCAUCCCUCCACGUUUUCCCGCAUCCUCCCUCCAUCCUUUCCGCUGCCCCACCGCCUUCCAUUCAUUGCAUCCGUUUCCCCUUCCCUGUUCAGAUCUCCUCCCCAGAGCCUCCAAGGCCGAAUCCCCGCUACCCUCUUAGGGUUCUCUGUACAUUCAUGGAAGUUUAGGGCCUGUACCGUGGCCCUGAGUCCGGCCCGAGAGCGCAGCCGGUACUGCUGGCAGGGCAGAGGAAGAUGUCUGCUCUCAAGCGUAUGAUGCGGGUCUCCAAUCGCUCCCUGAUCGCCUUCAUCUUCUUCUUCUCCCUCUCCACGUCCUGUCUCUACUUCAUCUAUGUGGCUCCAGGCAUCGCCAACACAUACCUCUUUAUGGUACAAGCCAGAGGUAUCAUGCUGAGAGAGAAUGUGAAAACCAUUGGACACAUGAUCAGGCUGUAUACGAAUAAAAACACUACGCUCAAUGGGACAGAUUAUCCUGAAGGCAAUAAUUCAAGUGACUACCUUGUUCAAACAACAACGUAUCUUCCACAAAACUUCACAUAUUCACCACAUCUCCCCUGUCCAGAGAAGCUGCCUUACAUGCGGGGAUUCCUCAGUGUCAAUGUGAGCGAAAUCAGUUUUGAUGAAGUUCACCAGCUUUUCUCCAAGGACUCAGAGAUUGGGCCAGGAGGCCACUGGAGGCCCAAGGAUUGUAAGCCCAGGUGGAAGGUGGCAGUUCUCAUCCCGUUCCGUAACCGCCAUGAACAUCUCCCGAUUUUUUUCCUGCAUCUGAUCCCAAUGCUCCAGAAACAGCGGCUGGAAUUUGCCUUUUAUGUCAUCGAACAGACCGGCACACAACCGUUCAAUCGCGCAAUGCUCUUUAAUGUGGGGUUCAAAGAGGCCAUGAAGGACGGUGCCUGGGACUGUGUGAUCUUCCAUGAUGUGGAUCAUUUGCCUGAAAAUGAUCGGAACUAUUACGGAUGUGGAGAGAUGCCGCGUCACUUUGCAGCAAAGUUGGACAAGUACAUGUACAUUCUUCCAUACAAGGAGUUCUUCGGAGGGGUGAGUGGCCUGACAGUGGAGCAGUUUAGGAAGAUCAACGGCUUUCCCAAUGCCUUCUGGGGAUGGGGAGGAGAAGAUGAUGACCUUUGGAACAGAGUUCAUUACGCCGGAUACAAUGUAACCCGGCCAGAGGGGGACUUGGGAAAAUACACAUCUAUUCCUCAUCACCAUCGAGGGGAAGUACAGUUUUUAGGACGGUAUAAAUUACUACGGUAUUCUAAAGAGCGUCAAUACAUCGAUGGAUUGAACAAUUUAUUAUACACGCCCAAAAUACUGGUUGAUAGGCUGUACACAAAUAUAUCUGUGAACCUCAUGCCAGAAUUAGCUCCAAUUGAAGACUAUUAGAAGAAGUCAGUCUCUUGGCGGGGUAGACCGACCACAGUGCUGGACAAUGACCUUGGCUUGAAGUGUCUGAGUGUCCCAGUCUGUGAAGAGAGCCAGCAGUCCUUAAUGUUUACAGCGCAGGACUCCAUCCGUCACACUCCCCACCCCCCAUCUUCUCCCUGCUGGGGGCUUCCUCCACGGCAAGCACUGUAGAGACCAGAGCCCAUAGCUUGGGAUCGGACAUGAAGAGAGCUCCCUAAAAGAGAAGAUUUUUUUUUAAUAUACCAAAAUCGAUAAUUUAAUUCAAGAGAAUGCUUUUAUUUCCGUUCAAAUGUAUUUUGUACAUAUGUGAUGUAAAUUAAAUGUGUUCAAAUUGUUGAAAAAUAAGAUGUCACAAGUUUGCAU